AUGGAGUUGACCUGCAUUUCUAUGCCCAAGGCCCUGGGACCCUGGGAGCCUCCUGCCUCUGAGAUAGGCCCUCAGGGCUGUACGUGGGGGAUAAACCAGGCUAUUUUCAUCAUUUCCUUCCUCUACUCAAGCAGCGGCCACCAAUGCCAGCUCACAUAGCUCACACAGCUCACACAGCUCACAUAGCUCACACAGCUCACACACACACACUACCACCACAUCCUCAACCAGGAUGCUACCAGCUCACAGAAGGUGUGCCCCAACCAAGACCUCACAGCCUACCUGCUGGAUGACUACCUGGGGGCUCCUGUUUCUGCUCUGGCCUGUGGCCACAGCCACCGAGGCCUGCCCAAGGCCCUGCACCUGCCAGGCCUUGGAAACCAUGGGGCUAAAGGUGAACUGUGAGGGGCAGGGCCUCACAGCGCUGCCUGUGCUGCCAGCUCACACUCGCCAGCUCCUGCUGGCCAACAAUAGCCUACGUGCAGUGCCACCAGGGGCCUUCGACCACAUGCCUCAGCUGUGGAACCUCGACGUGACGCACAACCCCUGGCACUGUGACUGCAGCCUCACCUACUUGCGCCUCUGGCUGGAGGACCACAUGCCUGAGGCCCUGGAGCAUGUGUACUGUGCCAGCCCUGAGUUGGCCACCAGGCGCCCACUGAGCCAGCUGACCGGCUAUGAACUGGGCAACUGUGGCUGGAAGCUGCCACCAUCCUGGGCCUAUUCAGGGAUCUGGUGGGAUGUGGCACUAGUAGCCGUAGCUGUGCUGGGCCUAGUUCUUCUGGCUAGCCUGCUGAACACAUUCAAAGAGCCCCUGAAUUGAGCCCAGCCCAUGAAACCAGACUGGAAGCCCAGACCUAAGCCGGGUGUCCAGGAGCACCGGACUGAGCCAGGCCAUGCCACCAGACGCCCACAGGAGGGGCUGCUAAGAUCCUCAGUGGGCAAAGACACGUGCUGCCAAGUCUGAAGACCUGAGUUGAUCCCCAGGACCCGUGUCAUCAGAAAGAACCAAAUCUCACCUCCACAUUCAUGUUGUGCAUGCACAGCAAAUAAAUGUAAUUUUAACUUUUUUUUUGGUUUUUUACAAGACAGGGUUUCUCUGUAUUGUUUUGGAGGCUGUCGGUCCAGCCCAGCCUCGAACUCACAGAGAUCCACCUGCCUCUGCCUCCCGAGUGCUGGGAUUAAAGGCAUGUGCCACCACCGCCCGGUGCAAAUAAAUGUAAUUUUAAAAGACAACAAUAAACCCACUUUUGUAUGAGCUCAAAA